GUGAACAGUCAACCGAGUCUGUUUUUUUUUUUGCUCAGUUAUUAAACAUCAAACAAAUAUAUUUAUUUUUAUGUAAAUUGUAAAAGAAUUGCCGUUAUUUUAAACAAAAUACUUAUCUCGAGGAGUUGAGCUAGUUAUAUUAAACACAUUCAAACCGCGAACAUCUCAUCAUACAUGGUGACGUCAUUUCUAUUGACUCAGGAAGUAUUGGCACCAGGUCAAUAUUGAAGAUGAUACGCUACUGGGGUGAGCUCCCCGUGGCCUCCGUCCCACCAGGCCGCAGCUCCUUCGAUCUCCUGCAGCGAGAAUUCCGUCAGGUCGAGAUGCAAGACCCUCCUCUGCACCAGCCGUCAGCGCGGCGUCCCCGGCCCACGACCAUGCUGGACGUUCCUUCCGAGCCCUGCAGCCUGACGAUCCACACCGUGCAGCUGUGCCAGCAUGCCCGCCGACUCCGCGGCCUCAUCACGUCAGCGCAGCCGGGCCAGCACCCCGCGGGCGCUGGGUCCGAGACUCAGGGUUUUCUCAAAGUGGAAGAAACGGACUCGUUACCGCCGCGUCCUGUCACACCGGCAGCACCGGAUGAUCUCCUGCCUCUGGACAGCAAAACUCCUCAUGAGCUGUUCCAGCUGCGGCACAGCGACCCCGAGAGUGACUUCUACAAGGGUGAAGGCGAGCCGGUGACAGAGUUGAGUUGGCCCUCAUGCCGCCAGCUCCUGUACCAGUCGGUUGCCACGGUGUUGGCGCAUGCAGGUUUCGAGUCGGCGAUGGAGAGCGUGUUGGAGACCCUGACCGACCUGGUGCACGAGCAUUACCUGCGUCUGACCCGGUUACUGCGCGUGGCCGUGGACCGCGAGGCCCGUCUUGGCUCCACCCCUUUUCCUGACGUGGUCGAGCAGGUCUUCCAUGAGGUCGGCGUCGGCAGUGUGCUGGCUCUGCAGCGGUUCUGGCAGGUCCGCAUUAAAGACUACCACAGCUACAUGCUUCAGGUCAGCAAGGAGCUCUCAGACGAGUACGAGAGGUUGGUCAACCCCGAGAAAGCUCUGGAGGAUUCCAAGCCACUUAAAGUCAAAGAGGAACCUGUGAAUGAUCUUGGCUUUGCUCUGAAUGAGGACGGUGAGGGGGAGUUGACUUCAGCAGAGCAAGCAAUGUCCACUGGCAUGCUGGGAAUCUCCAGUGACAGACUGGCUGCAGGAUUGGAGGACGGACACUCGCCUCACACCUCAGGUGCAGCAGGAAAUGGCUCCCCCUUGUGGCAGCUGCAGCAGGUAAAAAUGGAGCCACAGGACGGUGAAGAGGGCCAGGUUUCAGGCCACGGCGUUCUCACGAGUGACGUCUUCGAGGAGGGUCCCAUGUCCACCAUGAGCGACGCCGGGACAGCCCCGUCUGCCGGCGGCUCGGACGCCAGCUACGGCUCUCCCUCUCCGGAGUCGCAGAUCGGCACCUCGCCUUUCAACCAGCGGCCGAAGAAACGGAUGCGCAAAGUGUAACUGUGUACUCAAAGACUUAGUCGCAUGAGUGUGAUGUGAGAUAUAUAGGGUGUGUGUGUGUUUGUGAUA